AUGGCCUCGACGUCUGUCCAGUCACACGACUCGUUGGUGAAGUUCGGCGACCAGCAUGUUACGGCGGGCCUCGGUCGCCUCGUAAACGCCGUCCUUACCAAGGGCGAGGGUUCAUAUGUGACUUUUGGAGAUGGCAGGAAAUUGCUCGAUUUCGCUUGCGGUAUUGGUGUGACGAGUCUCGGACAUUGUCAUCCGAAAGUCAGCAAAGCCGCUGCAGAUCAAUGCAUGAAUGUCGUCCAUGUGCAGUGUAGCAUUGCGUACCAUCAACCCUACCUCGAACUCAUCCAGCGGCUGCUGCCGAUGAUGCCUCAUCCCUCAUUGGACUCAUUCUUCUUUUGGACGUCCGGCUCCGAAGCAGUCGAGGCAGGCAUCAAGAUGGCACGAGCGAUCACCGGUCGGCAGAACAUCAUCAACAUGCAGGGUGCAUACCACGGACGAACAAUGGGCGCGAUGGCCGUUACGAAGAGCAAAACAAUUUACAGCGCGGGCUUCCACCCACUCAUGCCCGGAACGUUUACUGUUCCGUACCCAUACUGGCACCAACUCGGGGUGCCUCCCGACACGCCUGCGUCGGAACUUACGAAGACAUGCCUGAAUCAGCUGAACCUCCUCCUCUCGCAGGCCACGGCGCCGAAGGAUACCGCUGCCAUCAUUAUCGAGCCGGUUCUCGGGGAGGGCGGCUACGUCCCCGCACCUGCAGAGUUCCUCCACGGGCUCAGAGAGAUCUGCGACAAGCACGGCAUCCUGCUCAUCAUUGACGAGGUGCAGUGCGGAUUCGGCCGGACGGGCAAGCACUACUACAGCGAGUACUCGGGUAUACGGCCGGACAUCCUCCUUAGUGCGAAGGGUCUGGCUAAUGGGUUCCCGCUGAGCGCCGUGAUCAGUCGCAAGGAGCUUACCGACAAGCUCGCGCCCGGUUCGAUGGGCGGAACCUACGCCGGCAAUGCCGUCUCUUGCGCGGCUGCCGUCGCAACGGCAGAUGCGCUUAAAGAAGAGAAGGUCCUGGAGAACGUCGAUGCUCGGUCUAAGGAACUCUUCGCCGCACUCAAUGAGCUUCGAAAGGACCCUAAGCUCGCGCCCGCGAUCCUAGACGUGCGCGGCAAGGGCCUCAUGGUCGCGGUCGAGUUUGCGUCUCCAGUGGGAUCGGGCCCGUACGACACGUUCACGAACCCGUCUGUGCCGGAGAAGCUCGCGAGCCGUGUGGCGAGCAAGUGCGUGGAGAAGGGCUUGCUCAUUUUGACGACGAGCGUGUACGAGGUCAUCCGGUUCAUCCCGCCUCUGAACAUCUCGAAGGAGGACCUCGCGAAGGGUGUGGAGAUUUUCAAGGAGGCUGUGUACGAGGUUGUUAGGGAUGGUUGA